GCGACGCUGCCGGGGAAAGGUCGGCGGCGAGGCGGACUGCCUUUAGUCGUUGCGUGGCCGACACCCCCGCAGCAUGGCGACCCUAGCUUCGUUGCCCGCUGCCGGCCUCCUCUACUGGGUCGGGGCGCUGAGCGCCGCCUACGUCACCCUGCGGGCCGGCUACCGCCUGGUGGCCGGGCUCCGCGUCUGGGUGCUGGGCCGCCGCGCCCUGCCGGGCCCGGGGCUGGGCGCCUGGGCAGUGGUCACAGGUGCCACAGAUGGAAUUGGAAAAGCCUAUGCAGAAGAGUUAGCAAGGUGUGGAAUGAAAAUAGCUCUUAUCAGCAGAUCUCAAGAAAAACUAGAUCAGGUUGCCAGUCAAAUAAGAAAAAAAUCUGGAUCCUGCUGCCAGUAUCAAGCACUUCACUAUUCACUGGAUAAGCAGGCUCCUCUCAACUCUUUCUGGUUUCUCAAGCAACAGCAUUCCUUAAGAGGAGGAAAUUUGGCAAACUGUCUUCAUCGCAAGGCUUUUGGUGAACUUGCAGACCCAUCACGUUGCCCUGACCCUAGUUCCUGCUCUUUUUAUUUGUCCCUAGGUCAUUCCUGAAUCCAACUCCUGACCUUUAAUGUGAUCUCUGCUGCUUGGCUUGGGCUUCAUGAACCUAGGCUGACUUGCAGCUUCCUGAUUCUGGUCCCUUGACAUUUUGCUUGUUCUGAAGAAGGCCUAUAGUUGGGUGGGAACAAGGAGCUCUUUAACUAGAAAUGGAGGAUUUAGGAGGAUGUUGGUACACUUAUUGGUAACAGCUGACUCUGCCUAUGAAAGGCCAGUGUGUUCCUAGGAUACAUCCAGAGUUAUUUUCAGUAGAAGUAGGGAAGCAUCUCUUUCUUCCCCUGUGUACAAUUUACUCAUCUUCAAAAAGACCAACUCAAACUGACAUGGGUACAGGGAGAAGAUCUAGGAUGCUCAAGGAAAUGAUCAGUCUUUCAGUUAUUUCCUUGUGUGUUAGAGCUUUGUCUGUCUGGAAAACCAAGGCUGAAAGAAGAUAUGACUGUGCUUAUAAAUGCAUCAUGGUAAAUACGAAGUCAGUAAAAGCUGUUUUAAGCUAAAGGAGAACAGUAACACAGGAACAAAUGGGUAUAAUCUGACCAUAAAUCUAGGCUGGAAAUGAAAAGCUUCCUAAAUAUUGGAGCACUGGGGUUAAUAAACAGCUUUUAGUUAGAGUAUUGAGGGUAAAAAAAAAACAAACAAAAACAACAACAACAAAAAACCCCAAACGGGGGCGGAGG